AGAACACUUGAAUCUACAAGACGAGAUGAGCUGAUUACUCUCACAGAUGUACUGCAGACGAAAUGUGAUGAAAAUCUGAAGAUGAAGCUUCCAGAAGAUGACACGCGAGCCACGAGAAUCCUUCUUACCUUUCAAGGCCAGAGAGCCCUGGAGGAACUUAUCAACACAUUUGGUGGUCUCACCUUCAGUCUCAACAUGGAUCAUAUUCCAGAUUCUCAGCCUACUUCACAAGAGUUGAUGACGAUGACAUUGAGAGAACGACAAGCCAACGAGGAGACAAUUAAGAAGGAAAGAGAGGAACACAGGUCACAGACAGAAAAGCAGAAUGAGGCAGCUGAAGCUUUGAAGAUGCAGUUGUCAAAGUUAAACAAGGAUUUGCAGCACAGUCAAGCAAAAUGUGAGGAGACAGAAAAGGUGCAUGAAGGGCGGUGGCAACGGCUUCAACAGAUGAUAGGACUCAAAGGAUCAGGCAGCAGAAAUGCAAGAUCACAGAAACCAGAACUGCUGACAUCAGAACAAAGCCUAUGGUAUUGUCGCAAAUCUCAUAAUCGGAGGAUUCAUCCCCGGUGAGACAAUUCCACGUGGUAUUACCGUGAAAAGGUAUGUACACUCCGAUGU